GCCAAUCGCCAUUAAAGCGCGGAGAAGAAGAGAGGGCCGCAGCUCUGAGCUGACACUGGCCGUCAGACAUGUCGGCCAGCAGGCUGAUGAGAGCCGUCAGAGUGGCUGAGUUCGGAGGGCCGUCAGUACUCACACUGUGCUCAGAUGUGACUGUCCCGCAGCCUGGACACAGACAGGUGUUGAUCCGUGUCCAUGCCUGUGGAGUGAACCCUGUUGAAACCUACAUCCGGGCUGGUACUUAUGCCCGCAAGCCCACCCUGCCAUACACACCAGGCACGGACGUAGCUGGAGUGGUGGAAACUAUUGGAGAAGGAGUCACUGCAGUAAAGGCAGGUGACCGUGUGUUCACCACAGCCACCGUCAGUGGCGGUUAUGCAGAGUACACUGUAGCAGACGAUGACUGUGUCCACAAACUACCCGCUGCCUUAGACUACACCCAGGGUGCAGCAUUAGGGAUCCCCUACUUCACUGCCUACAGAGCUUUGGUUCACAAAGCCCAAGUUAAGGCUGGACAGACCGUCCUCAUCCAUGGAGCCAGCGGAGGGGUUGGUGUGGCAGCGUGCCAGUUGUCCCGUGCGCUCGGUCUCAAAGUGUUGGGGACAGCAGGGACACCGGAGGGAAUGAAGCUGGCUCUCCGAAGUGGAGCUCACCUGGCUUUUAAUCACAGAGAAGAGGACUACACAGACAAAAUAAUGGAAGCCACAGAGGGCAAAGGCAUAGAUGUCAUAGUGGAGAUGCUGUCAAAUGUCAACCUCAGCAAAGACCUCCAGAUGUUGGCUUAUGGAGGAUGUGUUGCAAUCGUUGGCUGUAGAGGCCCGAUAGAGAUCAACCCCAGAGACAUCAUGGUUAAAGAGAGCCGCGUCGUGGGAGUCGUCCUCUUCUUCAGCACACCGGAGGAGAAGAAGGAGUGUGCAGCGCUGCUCUAUGCUGGGAUGGAAUCAGGCUGGCUACAUCCAGUCGUCGGUUCCCAGUACCCACUCGACAAGGCUGCCCAGGCCCACCAUGACAUCAUUGAGUGUCCUGGAGCAGCUGGGAAGGUAGUUCUGACCAUGUGAAGAUGUGAUCAUAUCAAAGGUCAAAGGUCAUCAUGUAGGAUCUUUGGACUUUUUGCAACAAUCAAACAAUGGUUAACAUUAAGCUGAAAUGAUUACUGAAAAUGAUCUUGAAUCUUUUCACUGUAGUAACUGAAGGCAUAAAAAACCAUAAAAUUCAGGCUGGAUUAAUUGAUCUUUUUGGCCAAUGUGGGGACAGCAGAACAUUCUAUUAAGUUGGUAUGUUGGAAUAAUAAAACUGCUUAUUUACAUCCAGCA